ACAGUGUCUUCAUAGUCUAGGAAGAGUUAACACCACUCUUGACUAGAGGGAGAUGGCAUCUGUCAGUUACCCAACGCGGGACCAAUGGACGUUCGCUCUUCGGUUGACUUCCUCGUUGUGUUCUCUUGUGGGUUUUUUUUUCCCGGAGUUUAAUGAAAUAAAAUGCAAAAAAAUACCAGCUGGGGCCACACCUCUAUGGCGGAGAUUGGUCGGCGUCGUGCUGACGCCAAAGUCUUGAGGCUUGCAGGAACGUCGGCGUGAGUUGUAAUUGGUCCUGGGAGGUGUCUCUCAGUGACCUCCCUGGCGGCAUGCUUCACCUCAGCUUUGUUAUCAAAGAGUGAAGCCGAAGGCAGGGUUAUUAUUACUGAGGGACCGGCGCAGCCAUGGCCACGGCCGCUUCCAACCUGUACAUGCCGAGCGCCAGUAUCCUCACGUCCAAUUCCAUCGUUGCCACCGACUCUCAGGGCAUGCAGCAAGCGGGGACCUUCCGUGCCCACCAGAAACUCAUGCAAAGUGACUAUCUCCAGGGGUUGCCCACCAACGGGCUCCCGCUCUCGCACCAGUGGGUCACGUCGCUGCCAGAAGGUAGCCCGUGGACCACCACCACCAUCUCGGCUUCUCCCCUAGGCCAACAGGACGUGAAACCCGGCCGCGACGAUCUCCACGUCGGGGUGACCAUGCACCACCGGUCUCCGCACAUCGCCCACCACUCGCCCCACGCCAACCACCCCGGCGCUUGGGGCACGGCGGCGGCUCACAACCCGUCCAUCAGCUCGGCCGGGCAACCCCUCAACAUCUACAGCCAGCCAGCCUUCACGGUCAACGGGAUGCUGGAGCAGGUCGGUCCGCCGCUACAGCCGCCGCCGCCCGGCCAGUCCAUGCACCCGGGUUUACGAGACAGCGCCGAGCACGGGGACUUGAGCCAGCACCAUUGCCAUGACCAGUCGGAUGAGGAGACCCCCACGUCCGACGAACUGGAACAAUUCGCCAAACUGUUCAAACAGAGGAGGAUUAAACUGGGCUUCACCCAGGCGGACGUGGGACUGGCGUUGGGAACUUUGUAUGGGAAUGUCUUCUCUCAGACCACCAUCUGCAGGUUCGAAGCGCUGCAACUCAGCUUCAAGAACAUGUGCAAACUCAAACCCUUGCUGAACAAGUGGCUGGAGGAAGCAGACUCCACCACUGGCAGCCCGACCAGCAUCGACAAAAUCGCGGCGCAGGGCAGGAAGCGAAAGAAACGGACGUCAAUAGAGGUGAGUGUGAAAGGGGCGCUGGAGACACACUUUCUCAAAUGUCCCAAACCCGCUGCCCAGGAGAUCUCCGGCCUGGCCGACAGCUUGCAGUUGGAGAAAGAAGUUGUCCGCGUCUGGUUCUGUAACAGAAGGCAGAAGGAGAAGCGGAUGACCCCGCCCGGCAUCCACCAACAGGACGAGGUGUUUUCACACAAUGUUGACACAGACACGCCGUCUCAUCACGAUCUCUAACCAGGAGCCGUGGAACUCACCGGGAAGGAGAGACCUUCACCCCCACCCCCCACCCCCCCCCUCCCCCCUCCUCCUUCUUAAAUUAUAUAUUUGACUGGCACGCCGAAAGAGGAGGCGGAGGAAGGAGGGAUGGGGGGUGGGGGAGAGAGACAAAAACAAAAAAACACAAACAAAGUUGUGUAUCGGAUAAGACAAACAACAACAAGUCUGCAAGAGUCGUGUUGACAUUUCCCGCAUCAGCGGUGCAAGUGGAUUGUAAUCACCAAGGACCCGGGUUUGACCGCAAAAAUUGCGGAUACUUGCUCAGUUCAGACAAGGACCGCAAGCGACUGUGUGCCUACCACCUGACAGCGCCUUGUAAUCUCGGCUUUUCAGGUGAAAAUUUGUUCUUACGAACGGUGUGGCUCUACCCUCCCUCUCCCCCCCUCUCCCCCCUCCUCUCCAACACACACACACACACACACACACACAUACACACACACACCCUCCCCUGAAACUUUUAUUGUAAGGCCUGUUUUGGUUUUUAUUUUCGCGAGCAGAAGGUCCCGUUGUGAAAAACCUGCACUAUUUCUACCUACUGAACUGAUUCAAGGCAGUAGGGGCAUAGACUUUGACCAGGGAUCUACAUUAAAGACAGAAAUAUACCGAUGAAAUCGGACUAUAACGCAGCCCGUUUCUAAAUCGUCCGCUCUCAAUAAAUAAGUCAAGCUUAAAGGGGUUUUAUUUUUCCUUUUUCAUUUUCGUUGUGGCCGCCUCAGUUACUAACUACUAACACUGCCGGCCUAAAACCCAGUUGUUAAGGACACAGACAUUUGUAUUUUCCACAACCAUAACGGUGGGAGCAGUUUUCAAAACAAGCUGCCAACUUGAGAAAAGAGGGGCGGUGAGGUGGG